AAUUCUGAGAGGAACACACAAGGACCGAUCAUGGCUCGUCUGGUUUGGCUCGUCGUUAUGCUCGUCGCCGCCGCCGCCCUGGCCAACGAUUCUUCAAACAAGCCAGAAGAAUCCGAGUUUCGGCAGGAAUUGUUGAAGAAUUUGAACAAGACAAAUGAAAUGCUGAACCGAUUGAUGAGAAUCGUCAACCAGCAGCCUGCAGAGAUGCGGAGACUGGUGGAGGAGCAAAAGGAGGAGGUAAAGCAGGAGUUGAUCAAACUGUCCAAAACGACCAACGAACGAUUCGACCGACUCGCUAAUACUGCUGACCAGCGCCACAAUCAGACGAUGGAAAGAGUUGAAGAGGUGGAGAAAAAUUUGAACAAAACAACUUUCGAGAGGUUCAAUCGGAUGGAAAAACAAAUCUAUCAGGUUUUGGAAAAAGAUAAGGAAAUGGAAGUGAAGAGGAAAAAUGACAGAGAAAAGUUGGACGCUUUGGCAAAUUUUACCGAACGUCACAUCCAGCAACUUAAAAUCCGAUUUCUACCACACUGCAACCUCGCUCGUUUGUCAAACCUGACGGUGCUUUCUAAUGGCAAGAUUUAUUCUUUCCAUCAAACUCUGGCAAACUGGAGUUCUGCAAAUGAAACUUGCAAUAAAAAAGGCCUCCAUUUCGCCACGAUCACAGAUCUUAAUGAGGCAACGCUGGUCGCGGCUGAAGCGCAAAGAAUUAAUGUUUAUUAUUGGUUGGUUUCGGCGAAAAACCAAGCAAGUGGAAGUGCAAAGGACUUCCGUUGGCGCGACGGGAGCAAGUUGGAGUUGGACAGUCCCUUGUGGAAGGAGGACGCGGACAAGACGGAGGAUUGCGUUCGCACCUAUAAUUGGACCAAUAGAAAAUUGUACAGCUAUCCAUGCAACAGUGAUCUGCCGUUCAUUUGCGAAUUGCCCAGCGAAUGUUACUGAGAACCCAUCUGAUUGGUUUCGUCGUUGCAAUUCAAGGUUUCAUGUUUCUACGACGGAUUUAAUAAAAAAUUUCAAAUAGUUAUUUUGCAACUCUUCUGAUUUUUGUGAAUUCGCUUUUAGAUUAGAUUGUGGAAUAAAAUUGGUAAGCAGAUGAAAA